AAUACCAGCAAGAAGAUAUGAGUUUUUCCUAGUACUGUUUUUUGCUACUGAUGAAAUCAACAAGAAUCCUUAUCUUUUACCCAACAUGUCUUUGAUAUCCCCCAUUACUUCUGGCCAGUGUGAAAAAACAUUGGGAGACCUGGAUAAAAUAUAUUCAGAAAAGAACAUUACUGUGGCAUUUACUGAUAAUAUGUGUACAUUUUAUGAAACCUGUUACAUAAGCCUUAUAGGACCAUCAUGGAAAACAUCUGUAAAACUGUCAAUUCAUCCUGGGACACCAAGGGUGAGUACACUGUCAGUGCCUUUGGACAGACCAGAAGAGGCAAAGGUUGUUAUCAUUUAUGGUGAAAUGAACUCUACCCUCGAAGUCAGCUUUAGAAGGUGGGAAGAUUUAGGUGUGAGGAGAAUCUGGAUCACAACCUCCCAAUGGGAUGUUAUCACAAAUAAAAAAGAUUUCAGCCUUGAUUUCUUCCAAGGGACUGUCACUUUUGCACACCACACUGGUGAAAUUGCUAAAUUUAGGAAUUUCUUGAAAACAAUGAACAGUGACCAAUACCCAGUAAACAUUUCUGAAUCUAUACUGGAGUGGAAUUAUUUUAAUUGUUCCAUCUCUAAGAACAGCAAUAAAAAGGAUCAUUUUACAUUCAACAACACAAUGGAAUGGGCAGCACUGCACAAAUAUGACAUGGUCCUGAGUGAGGAAGGCUACAAUUUGUAUAAUGCUGUGUAUGCUGUAGCACACACCUACCAUGAACUCAUUCUUCAACAAGUAGAAUCUCAGGAAAUGGCAGUACCCAAAGGAAUAUUCCCUGACUGUCAGAAGGUGUCUUCCAUGCUGAAAUCCAGGAUAUUUACUAACCCUGUUGGAGAACUGGUGAACAUGAANCAUAGGGAAAAUCAGUGUGCAGAUUAUGACAUUUUCAUCAUUUGGAAUUUUCCACAAGGCCUUGGAUUAAAAGUGAAAAUAGGAAGGUAUUUGCCUUGUUNCCNACAGAGCCANCAACUUCAUAUAUCUGAAGAUUUGGAGUGGGCCACAGGAGGACCAUCAGUUCCCUCCUCCAUGUGUAGUGUGACAUGUACUGCUGGAUUCAGGAAAAUUCAUCAGAAUCAAACAGCAGACUGCUGCUUUGACUGUGUUCAGUGCCCAGAAAAUGAGGUUUCCAAUGAAACAGAUAUGGAACAGUGUGUGAGGUGUCCAGAUGAUAAGUAUGCCAACUUAGAGAAAACCCACUGCCUCCAAAGAGCUGUGUCAUUCCUGGCUUAUGAAGAUCCACUGGGGAUGGCUCUAGGAUACAUGGCCAUGUCCUUCUCUGUCCUCACAAUUCUAGUACUAGUCGCUUUUGUGAAGUACAAGGAUACUCCCAUUGUGAAGAUGCUGGCAUCAGGGGCACCUAACUUGGUCAUCCCCAUUUGUACCCUAAUCCAACUUGUUCUCUGUGGAAUCUGGUUGGUAACAUCUCCUCCCUUUAUUGACAGAGAUACACAGUCUGAACAUGGAAAGACCAUCAUUAUUUGCAACAAAGGNUCAGCCAUUGCCUUCCACUUUGUUCUGGGAUACUUGGGNUCNUUGGCUCUGGGGAGCUUCACNGUGGCUUUCUUGGCUAGNAACCUUCCUGACAGAUUCAAUGAAGCCAAAUUCCUAACAUUCAGCAUGCUGGUGUUCUGCAGUGUCUGGAUCACCUUCCUCCCUGUCUACCACAGCACCAGGGGGAAGGUCAUGGUGGUUGUGGAGGUUUUCUCCAUCUUGGCCUCUAGUGCAGGCUUGCUAGGGUGCAUCUUUCUCCCAAAAUGUGUUAUCUUAGUUAGACUAGAUUCAAAUUUUCUGCAGAAUCACCGAGGGAGGAAGCUGUUUUGGAGGCUGGGGUGUUUAAAAAACAUGCCGAAUCCAUACCUGAACACGAUACCUCCCCUUGAGCCCUCCAGCUCUACCUCUGUUGUUGUGUUUGUAAAAACAAUGGAGAUGAUAUAA